GACUGGAACUGUUCCAUUACAGCCUAAAUAUGCCAGGAGGGAAUGUGCGCGCUGUUCCAUGGGAACCAAUCCAACCUUGUUUGGCUGGAACAAGAUCCAACACACAACACACUCACAACAGACAACAAAACAACAACACACUCAUAGCUAUAGUUCGUAAAAUCAAUGCAUGCAUUCGCUCAAUGCUCACACAGUGUGAUCACAAUGUUUUUGUUGCUGAAUCGUUAGACAUUCAGUUUAGUGAGCAAUUCAAUCGUAAUGACAUUAUCCUUCAUUCAUUGAAUAUUGUGCAAGCAAAACAGCAUCCAAACAUUGGGAAAUCAUCACAAGGAACAAUCAUUUUUAUCCUCAAUCGAGGACCAAUCAUCGUCAUGAUUGAUCAUUCAAUUGCCUUUCCCUUUCACAAAAACUUCAUACCAAUCAUCAUGAUUGUGAUGUGACCAAUACCAACACACACACACACACACACCAAUCAUAUUUGGCCAGUCCAUUCAAACUCUUUGCUUUUUUCAAUUUUCUCUCUUUCCAAAUGGCCACAAGUUGUUUUAUUCAC